UUUUCUCAGCAAGAGGCUCUUACCGUUAGUAGGAGCGACCUCGGUUCUGCUUAGAGCUGAGCCCAGGGGGAUUCUGGCCAGGUCGGGGUGCACGCUUGUAACAGCAUUCACUUGUUCAAACAACAUAUCCAGCGUUUACUAUAUGCUCAGCAAAGCAACGUAUUUCCUUCCAUGAGGAGCUGACAAUCUUGCUGGGGAAUCACAUGUAUGAAAUAGUUAAAAUAUCAAUAAAAGGUACGUAUUAAAUGCUAUGGGAAUUCAGAGGGACCAUUACAGGUUGGAGCAAUCAGGCAAGGCUUCCUAAAAGGGUUCAUAUUAGGUGUUCAUAAUGAAUUAUAGUUCAUUUAUACAACAAGAGUUUACAGACCACUUAACUGCCAGGAUAUGAGGAUACAGCAACUAACAAUUCAGUCCUCGCUGUCCUGUAGCCAAUAUUUUAGUGGGGAGAGGUGGACAGCAAACAAUAAAUCAGGCAGUAAUAAAUGCUACAUUUAAAAGUAAAGCAGAGUAAGGGGAUAGAUAUGUGGGUAUGGGCAACAAGAAAAGACCAAAGUAAAGAAAGUAAGGGGUGUGUCAGAGAGAGAUUUUGAUGGCUGGGAGAGGUUCUAACUGGACCUAAGUAGGGACCUCAGAAAAACAAGGACACGUCCUAGUCCUUUCCCGCAUAUACAAAGCAUUGAGACAUUCUUGGGGGUAUCGGAAAAAAUAAUGGUAAUUUCCUACAUCAGCUUAUUCAACACCCAGAGGGAAGAGAAACGGGGUCCCAGCAUCUGAAGAACCCACACCUCCUCUCCUACCUUGAUGGAUAAUUCAUGAACCUGUCGCAUUUCCACCCCCCCACCUUCCCCAGAUGUCCCUUCCGGAAGCGCAGGGCCGCAGUCCUCCGGUUUCAGCUUUUGCUCUUAGCGGAACCCGCCUUCACUUCCGCUAUAGCGUCACAUCCCCUCUACCCAGUCGCUGGGCAGAAGUUACUUCCGCCCCGAGUUAUCGUAACUUCUGCCCUGAAUAUCUCGUAGCGCUAGCGGCGCCGGAUGUGUUCCAGCCACUCCCGGAAGUGACUCGGCUUUUGCACGCCCCUCUUUCUCCAUUAGCGGCCCCCCCUACAUUGCUAUUUCCCUCCCUCCCCCCUUUUCGUUUCCGGCGCUCCCGCCUUCUCUCCGCAGAGCUCUUCUCUGUUGGGGGGGGGAGGGAGGGGGGCGUGGAGGAACUGGGGUUCGCGGGAGCACGAGCUGCAGCACCACUUCCGGAAAGUUCAGGAGCCCUGGAAAGAAGAAGGAAUAAGACGGCAGGAGGAAGAGAGAGAGAGGGUAGAAUGGAAGAAUCUCACUUCAAUUCUAACCCGUACUUCUGGCCUUCUAUCCCCACAGUCUCAGGUCAGAUUGAGAACACAAUGUUCAUCAACAAGAUGAAGGAUCAACUGUUGCCAGAGAAGGGCUGUGGUCUAGCUCCACCUCACUACCCCACCUUGCUGACAGUGCCUGCCUCAGUGUCCCUGCCCUCAGGCAUCAGUAUGGACACAGAGUCCAAGUCAGACCAGCUGACCCCACACAGCCAAGCGUCCGUUACCCAGAAUAUCACAGUGGUCCCUGUGCCGUCUACAGGACUGAUGACUGCUGGAGUCUCCUGUUCUCAGAGGUGGAGAAGAGAAGGGAGUCAAUCAAGGGGUCCGGGUUUGGUAAUCACGUCCCCCUCAGGCUCUCUUGUGACCACAGCAUCAUCAGCUCAGACCUUCCCCAUUUCGGCUCCCAUGAUUGUCUCAGCUCUUCCCCCUGGCUCACAAGCCCUGCAGGUUGUCCCUGACCUCUCCAAGAAGGUAGCAUCAACCCUAACCGAGGAAGGAGGCGGAGGUGGUGGUGGAGGUGGCAGUGUGGCUCCUAAGCCACCCCGGGGCCGGAAGAAGAAGCGGAUGCUGGAAUCAGGGCUGCCCGAGAUGAAUGACCCUUAUGUCCUCUCCCCUGAGGAUGAUGAUGACCAUCAGAAAGACGGCAAGACCUACAGGAGCGAAGGGAACUGCGGCACAGGAAAUGGACAGAGCCUUGGGCUCAUGGAUUCAGUUCCCGGCUCCACCACGAAUUUGCUGUGUGACCCUGGGUGCCGGAUGUGCUCACUGACAUUCUACUCCAAGUCGGAGAUGCAGAUCCACUCCAAGUCACACACCGAGACCAAGCCCCACAAGUGCCCACAUUGCUCCAAGACCUUCGCCAACAGCUCCUACCUGGCCCAGCACAUCCGUAUACACUCAGGGGCUAAGCCCUACAGUUGUAACUUCUGUGAGAAAUCCUUCCGCCAGCUCUCCCACCUUCAGCAGCACACCCGGAUCCACUCCAAGAUGCACACGGAGACCAUCAAGCCCCACAAGUGCCCGCACUGCUCCAAGACCUUCGCCAACACCUCCUACCUGGCCCAGCACCUCCGUAUCCACUCGGGGGCCAAGCCCUACAACUGUUCCUACUGCCAGAAGGCCUUCCGCCAGCUCUCCCACCUCCAGCAGCACACACGAAUCCACACUGGUGAUAGACCAUACAAAUGUGCACACCCAGGCUGUGAGAAAGCCUUCACACAACUCUCCAAUCUGCAGUCCCACAGACGGCAACACAACAAAGAUAAACCCUUCAAGUGCCACAACUGUCAUCGGGCAUACACGGAUGCAGCCUCACUAGAGGUGCACCUGUCUACGCACACAGUGAAGCAUGCCAAGGUGUACACCUGCACUAUCUGCAGUCGGGCAUACACAUCAGAAACAUACCUUAUGAAACAUAUGCGCAAACACAACCCUCCUGAUCUUCAGCAACAAGUGCAGGCAGCAGCAGCGGCGGCAGCAGUGGCCCAGGCUCAGGCCCAGGCUCAGGCCCAGGCUCAGGCCCAGGCUCAAGCUCAAGCCCAGGCUCAGGCUCAGGCUCAAGCCCAGGCCCAGGCCCAAGCCUCCCAGGCAUCACAGCAGCAACAGCAGCAGCAGCAGCAACAGCCACCACCACACUUCCAGUCUCCUGGGGCAGCCCCCCAGGGUGGGGGUGGUGGGGACAGCAAUCCCAACCCUCCACCCCAGUGUUCCUUUGACCUGACCCCCUAUAAGACGGCGGAACAUCAUAAGGACAUCUGCCUCACUGUCACCACCAGCACCAUCCAGGUGGAGCACCUGGCCAGCUCUUAGAGAUCCGUGCUGCCACCCACUGGGAAGAGGAAGAAGUAGUCCUGGUUUCUUCUUUCUCCAACUCCUCUUAGUGGGAAAAGUCGUUUUCUUCCUUGACAGGCCUUGGCUCCAUCUCCUUGGGCCUCAGUCACAGCUUUCCUUCACAGGAUACCAUCCUUUUUCUGAACUCUUCUUCAAAAGGAACAUCAGCCCUCCUGAUUGCAAAGGAAUACUGAGCUGAUGGUGUCAUCCAGCAGCCUCCCCUCCCAAGCAAAGCUUGUAAAAUUGGGGGUUGGUGCUCAAGGGAAGGAUUUGCUAUGACCUCAUAGAAACUUGUCCAGUGUGGUCACUUACCCUAUCCUUACCCUCCUUAUCCUCAAAGUUUGGGCUGAUGUAAGACUAGAGGCUGGCCCUCCCAGAUAACAGAGAAGAGGGAGCCCCAGAUGCAACCAGCCUCUUGUUCUAUUCUUGCCUGCAAAAGAACAGAGGUUUCCCAAAUGCCUGAGUCCCUGAGAGCCAUUUCUUCCCCUACAUCGUCUCAUUUCACUUCCUAUUGACUGCUGGUAGAAGGAGAUUUGGGGUAGGGGCUAGACCUCCUUUUAUUUGAAGGGGGCGAGGGCUGAGAUGUGGUCCCCAAGGGGCCAGAAAUUCCCAAGUUGGUCACAGGUGGCUGAGAAGUGUGGGUUAUGGUUUUACGGAUUUCCUUGGAGCCUCUCUCCUCUGCCUACAAAGACCCUAUACUCUCAGUCUCCCCAACCCACCCGCCAAGGAGCUGUGGGAGGCUUUGUGUUAUCUGUGAAACUCCGAAACAGGGGUGUUGCGGAGAAGGGAGAGUUCAAGGCAAACACAAGGACUGGACUUAGCUCCCUAGGUGCCACGGUCAGAUGCCGGACACGGAUUUAUAUAUAAAUAUAUAUAUAUAAAUAUAUUAUACCCACUCAUCACGGCCAUCUUUGUUGUAACCAUCUAUGUGUUUAUAAAUGCAUUAUCUCAGAAUUUUCAUAUUUGAUGUUUAUUUUUGUCCUUUUUUUCCCUCUUUCCACCCCUGUCCUCUAGCCACAGCAUUUUUCGUCUUUUUUUUUUUUUUUUUAAUCAUGGCAGAUUUCAGAGGAAAGGAAAUUAAAAAAAAAAAAAAAAUCAGGAAACCAGUUGUUAUAAAGCAAUUUAAAAAUGAAGAAAAAAAGAAAAAAACUUAUGUACAAACCAAGGGGUGUUUUUAGAACAUUGUAUAGAAAUAAAUUCAUGUAAAAGGA